CCGACGUCGAUCGAAGAUCCUCUCUCUUUCUUACUGAAUCUUUUGCCUACUAAAAAACCAUCAACCGCACACCUUGCUGCUCCUUGGACGAUUCGAUGGCCAACAGUUUGUACAAUAAUACAUGAGAUGGAUCAUAUUUUCCAUGAAAAACUCCCUCCUGACCCUCCCACUGAUACUGGUGCUUCUCUCGUGAAUUGGUUGCUCAACUAA